UCCUCGCCUGUUGGUGGCGCCAGAUGGGUAGAACUCAGUAGUUAAAGAGGUUGCGACGCAAACGUUCGUACUGGGCUGACGCAAAGAUGUCGGCUCACGAUCAGCUGGUGUUGUGUUUGUGUGAAUUAACGAGGUUGCUGUGGAAGUUGCUGCUCCCGCUGGUGAUUCUGUGUGUGCUUCUGGUCGCUGUCCUCGUGCUUCUGGUGCUGGCUGUCCGUCUGUGGCUGCAGAGCAGCAGAAAUGCUCGCCGGGCAAGGGAGGGUCGUCCCACUGUGGCCUUUUUCCACCCUUACUGCAACGCUGGUGGAGGGGGAGAGAGAGUGCUCUGGUGUGCCAUCAGGGCUCUACAAAACAGGUAUCUGGACAUCAACUUUGUGGUGUACACCGGAGACCUGGGAGUGACAGGUCAGCAGAUCCUGGAGGGAGCCCGUCAGCGCUUUAACAUCGUGCUUCCAAGGCCGGUCCGGUUUGUGUUCCUGCAGCACCGCGUGCUUGUGGAGCCUGGCCUGUUUCCACACUUCACCCUGCUGGGACAGAGCGUGGGAUCUGUCUUCCUGGGAUGGGAGGCUCUGACGGAACUUGUUCCGGACCUUUACAUAGACUCAAUGGGUUACGCCUUCACUCUGCCGCUGUUUCGCUACCUGGGAGGCUGCAGUGUUGGGAGCUACGUUCACUAUCCCACCAUCAGCACUGACAUGCUGUCUGUGGUUAGGGAGAGGAAUCCAAGGUUCAACAACCCAGACUUCAUCUCAAACAGUCUGUUCCUGAGUGCCUUCAAGUUGGUCUACUAUUGCCUCUUUGCUGUGCUCUAUGGGAUGGCUGGCUCCUGCUGCAACGUCAUCAUGGUCAAUUCUUCCUGGACUCUCGAUCACAUCUUGUCUCUAUGGCGUUCCCCGAACCACACCAGCGUGGUGUACCCACCCUGCGACGUCAGCGCUUUCCUGGACAUCCCGCUGGAGGAGGACGGGACCAGGAAGUGCCACUCUAUCGUUUCUGUCGGGCAGUUCAGGCCAGAGAAAGAUCACCGUCUGCAGAUCAGGGCCUUCAAAAAGGUGUUAGACAGAAGGAAGAAGGGGUCGGAGGCGUUGAAGCUUGUUCUGAUAGGCGGAUGCAGGAACCAGGAAGAUGAAGACAGAGUUCUCAUGUUGAGGGGACUUUGCCAGGAGCUGGGCAUGGGAGACAGGGUGGAGUUUAAACUGAACGUAUCCUUCAAGGAGCUGAAGGAGGAGAUGAGCGAAGCCACCAUUGGUCUGCACACCAUGUGGAACGAACACUUUGGAAUAGGUGUUGUGGAGUGCAUGGCAGCAGGAAAGGUCAUCCUGGCUCACAAAUCAGGGGGUCCAAAGCUGGACAUCGUCCGACCUUUUGAGGGGCGUCAAACCGGAUUCCUGGCAGACAACGAGGACAGUUACGUGGAAGCCAUAGAGCAGAUCCUGGCUCUGUCGCCUGAUAGCCGCCUGCAGAUCAGACGCGAUGCACGGCAGUCAGUGGCACGCUUCUCAGAUGAGGAGUUUGAAGCAUGCCUCCUGGCAGCAAUCGAGCCUCUUAUGGGAACAUUGGAGCGAUGAUCAGCUUUGUGCCCUUUUUUUAAAUGUCGCACCUGAAGCACCAUUACCUUAAUGCACUUAUGGCUUCAUGCAGGACUGGUGAAAAACAUGAUUAUAUCUGUUGCUCAUGUAGACAGCACAUAGAUAAGAUAUUCAGGUGCAUAUGGAGCUGCAGUGCUAUGUAAAUUUUAUACCUUUUUGGUUACAUUUGUCUAUAGCGUACAUUUUAUAAAAUUCUCAGUGGGAACAAAUUAGUCUUUGUUUGAAACUUGGAAAAACAGGGUUUAAAGUAAUUAUUUACUAAACAAAUGUAAUAAAAAGAUUUAAUUCUAUCCAUGCAAAAUUGAUACGUGUGCAUAUAAUAGUGUGUAUCAGGAUUUUUUUCGAUUCAUGUAGCAGUUAAAGAUUUUUUUUAAGUGUGAUGAAAAUAAAAUACACUGGAACUAG